AAAAUUCAGAUUUACAGCACAGUUUCAGACAACUGAAUCAGGGUGUUAUCACCACGGAAACGGGGCCGGCCCUCGUGCCUUGGCUGCCAUUGGCUGGUACUCCCGGCCCUGGGAUAUAAACCAGCACCCGGCUUGCAGUGCACUAACUGUGGGGACCCGAACUGCGACGGCAGCUCUGUCCUGCGGGGCAGAACCCUGCGGGGAAGGGGAGGCUCAUCGAGAGGGCGUCACCGGGACCAUGGAGAAACGAUUCACGUAUGAAGAUUACCAGAACACUGCAGAAUGGCUUCUGUCCCACACCAAGCAUCGACCUCAAGUGGCGGUGAUCUGUGGUUCUGGCUUAGGAGGUCUGGUUAAUAAAUUAACUGAGACUCAGAGCUUUGACUACAGUGAGAUACCAAACUUUCUCCAAAGUACAGUGCCAGGUCAUGCUGGUCGACUUGUGUUUGGGUUCCUGAAUGGCAGAGCCUGUGUGAUGAUGCAGGGCAGGUUCCACAUGUAUGAAGGCUACCCACUCUGGAAGGUGACAUUCCCAGUGAGGGUUUUCCACCUUCUGGGUGUGGACACCCUAGUGGUCACCAAUGCAGCUGGAGGGCUCAACCCCAAGUUUGAGGUUGGAGAUGUCAUGCUGAUCCGUGAUCACAUCAACCUACCUGGUUUCUGCGGUCAGAACCCUCUCAUAGGUCCCAAUGAAGAAAGAUUUGGAGUUCGUUUUCCUGCCAUGUCUGAUGCCUACGACCGGGAGAUGAGACAGAAGGCUCACUGUACCUGGAAACAAAUGGGGGAGCAGAGAGAGCUACAGGAAGGCACCUACAUUAUGCUGGCAGGCCCCAGCUUUGAGACUGUGGCAGAGAGCCGUAUGCUGCAAAACCUGGGUGCUGAUGCUGUUGGCAUGAGCACGGUACCAGAAGUUAUAGUUGCAAGGCACUGUGGACUUCGAGUCUUUGGCUUCUCCCUCAUCACUAACAAAGUCAUCACGGAUUAUGAAAGCCGGGAGAAGGCCAACCAUGAGGAAGUACUGAAUACUGGGAAACAAGCUGCGCAGAAAUUGGAACAGUUUGUCUUCUGUCUUAUGGCUAGCCUGCCACUGCCUGGCCAUGCCAAUUAACCAGCCCUGGGGUGGUCUGGCCUCUACCUUAUGGGACCCAAGUAGCUGCUACCUACUUUAGACCCUUGCUGGGGUGACAUGCCUCUAGCCUUUGGUAGUAGCAGAAAAGAGGAAGAUCCCUAUCCUUUACUUCCCCUACUUCUUUCAUAAGACCCUUCUGGUGCCUGGUCCUCUUUUGCUCAAUUGUCUUCUCAAAACAGUUCCGCAACAACCCCCCACCCCCCGCCCUUCUUUAUUUCCCAAAAGCUGGAGCCCAAGCCAAGCCCUACUAUACAUCCAUGAAUGUUCUCAGGACUUGACUUGGGUCACUGACCUUCACACAGCAAUAGUUGCUGCCAGCUUUUUGAAAUGAUGCUCUCACAUUCCUGGGGACUCAGUUCUAUUUUCCCCCAAAGUACUGGAGACCGCACAGAGACUAGCCCAAUACCUCUUGGACUUUAAUACUGUUAUGCCUUGAGAGUAAAGAGAAAUGAAAUUACUCAUUUUUGUGCAACUGGAUAAGGCUAGGGCACAGGACAGGAUUGGCUGAAAAGCCUGUGAGACCACAUGUGUUGUGUCCAUCUGCUUCUCAGACAAGUAGCUAAGAACUGAGACGGUGUGGUACGUAUAGUUAGGAAGAGCUAAAGAAAAGACAAGAUGGUAAAAACGGAGAAAGAUGUUAGAAAAGGAUAAGGAAGGGCUGGGUCAUGGUAUAUAAUGGCCACUUUGCUUGGGCCAGUCUUGCCUCUGUUCCUUUCCUUCUGAUUGUUUUCCUUUCCACACUCAAGAAUAUCUGAACUAGUUCACUGAUUUCCACUUUUGUUCCUUCUGUUCCAUUGUUGCCUUUUCCUUGUUAAGCCCUAGUUAUAUUUCCUCUUGAUUUUCUUUUCUUCAGUACUCUAACUUCUUUCAUAAUUAAUAGCAGUCAUACUCUUCUGAACUCCAUUCUGACAACACAGUGGCAAAAAACCCUUCAUCUGCUGCCAGCCUCUUCGCUGCUAAUUCGAGUUCUUUCAACCCCAGGCAGCCUGUGACAUUGGCUCAUAUUCAACUUCUCUUUAAGCACUUUCUUUCCCCUUAUUGCUUCUGUUCUGGGCUCUAGUCUUUCUCCAUUUUUGCUUGGUCGGAACCUCCCCAUGAUGCAGCAGCCAGCCAUGGCCCUUUGUUCAUGGCUCACUGCACUCUGUGUUUAUCAACAUGCAUUCAGCUGGCUAGCAUGUUUGAAACCACAUCAUCCUCUCAGGCCUAUGUGCCUUUUGAGAAAGAAUGGUACUGGAUGAGCCUCUAAUGGUGACAUUUCAAUUAUUAGUAUAAUAUGGAAGAAGCAGUUUGGAUUAUUUGACCUCCAUAGCUGAGCCCAGCACAAAGAAAAAGCUUCCUGGAGUGGCCCUACUACCACUCUUCAUCAGUGCUUGUACUUUCCCCCCAGCUCUGCAGCCCCACCCGAAGCUUGGUGCUCUGCGAGCACCUGUCAUUUGUCUCUGGGAGACCUGGUGUAGAGGGAAGCACUGUCAGGCCUUUUGAAUACACAUACAACCAUAACUUGUUUAUCUAAGGAAAACACCUUAUAGGCAUUGCUUCCUAAUCAAGUUAUCGCUGCAUGACACUCAGCUAAGAUAAUGUUAGGAAUAUAAAAAUGGUCAUUCCUCAAGUGCCUAACAAUCUUAAAUUUAUUU